CCUCCUCCUCCUCCCUCCCCACCGCACCCGCGGUCAGCACCAUCCUCUCCACCCACCAACCCACCACUCCCUCAACUCAACCACCUCUCUCUCUCUCUCUCUCUAUCUCUCUCUCUCUCUUCCCCCACCACGCUACGCUUAGCUUACCUCCAAGUCCAUCUCCGGCGCGAGCUAGCUCUCGCUGCUCGAUCGGUCCAGAUCCACAACCAACAGCAAGCGGCUGCGGGGCUGCAAUGCCGGGUCCGGGGAGCAUGCCGCUGGCGCUGGGCCUGGACACGGCGGGGGUGCAGGUGCCCUGGUACUUCCGGUGCCCCAUCUCCCUGGAGCUCAUGGCCGACCCCGUCACCGUGUCCACGGGCCAGACCUACGACCGCGCCAGCAUCGAGUCCUGGGUCGCCACCGGCAACACCACCUGCCCCGUCACCCGCGCGCCGCUCGCCGACUUCACGCUCAUCCCCAACCACACCCUCCGCCGCCUCAUCCAGGACUGGUGCGUUGCGCACCACUCCAUGGGCGUCGAGCGCAUCCCCACGCCCAAGCAGCCCGCCGACCCAGACCUCGUCCGCUCCCUCGUCGCCCAGGGCCCGGGCCUCCCCGCGCUCCGCAGGCUCAGGGCGCUCGCCAGGGAGUCCGACAAGAACAGGCUCGUCAUGGCCACGCGCGAGACCAGGGCCGCGCUCCUCGAGGUCGCCUUCGCCUCCGGCUCCGACGAGCUCCAGGCCGAGGCCAUGGCGGUGCUCGCGCUCGUCGGCCUCGGGGAGGCCGAGGCCGCCGAGGUCGUGGCCCGGGAGGAGCGGGUGGCCAGGCUCGGCAAGGUCCUCGCCGCCGCCGGCCCGCUCGAGGCCAGUGUCAACGCGGGCGCCGUCGUCGAGGCCGCCGCGUCGGCGUCCGGCGCGGAGGCCCGGGCGCUGCUGGGCGCCGCCGAGGGGGUCAUGGACGGCCUGGUGGCGCUGGUGGAGGAGAAGGCCCACGCGCGCGCGGUCCGCGUCGGGAUCCGGGGCCUCUUCGCGCUGUGCCUGGCCAAGGAGAACCGGCCCCGCGCGGUGUCCGCCGGCGCCGCGUCCGCGCUCGCCCGGCGCGUGGCGGAGGGCGGCGCCGGGGAGCCCGAGCGCGCGCUGGCGGCCGUGGAGCGGCUGUGCCGCGCCGAGGGCGGGCGCGACGCCGUGGUCGCCGGGGCCGGGGGCGGGUCCGCCGCGGUGGCGACGCUGGUGCGCGCCAUGUCCGGGCGCGCGGCGGAGCACGCGGCGGGCGCGCUGGUGGCCGUGGUGGGCGGGUCGGAGGCGCUGCAGGUGGAGGCGGUGCGGGCGGGCGCCAUGAGCCAGCUGCUGCUCAUGGUGCAGGGCGGGUGCUCGGAGCGCGCCAAGCGCAAGGCGCAGCACCUCCUCAAGCUGCUCCGCUCCGCCUGGCCGACCACCGACUGCAUCGCCAACUCCGACGACUUCCUGCAACCGUACUGAUCGAUCGCCACCGGCCAUCAUCAAUUCAUCAUCGCCCGCCCGCGUCGCAGUUGGUGGAUUCUGUUCCGUUCCCCAAGGGCCGCCGGCUUGUAUGGCCAGUCGCCGCAAAUGCAAGGGAAGGGAAAAGCCGCCGGCUUGUAUGGCCUGGCCGUGCGAGCAACGCAACGGCCGCGGCGUCCGGCGCCGGCGCCGGCGCCGGCGGCGUGUAUGUAAUGACGGAGGAACGCGGUAGAAUAUUUUUUUCCCUAAUGUUUGUCCAGUUUUGUACGUACGUAAUGUUGGCAGGGAGGGGAGGAGGAUGGGUUCUUGAUUCGAUCAACAGUAGUAGCAGCAGCGCAAUCACCGAUUCUUACAUGGCACUCAUUCUUCGCAUUUUCCCUGGUCGCGAACAAAAACCCGGGGGAAAACAAUGCUUGUUUUUUGUUGCCACCAGGCGGGCGCGCGGGUGCGUGUGUGUUUGGGCCAUCAGUGAAAGUACAGGCGAAGCAGCGAGAGGACUGGGGAGAUUGCGCAUUGAAAGCUGGGCAGAGGCAGGGCUUUGGCCGGUGGCGGUGGGGGAGUGGGGCUGCCCCCUCCUGCAGGCUGCAGGAUGCAGGAUGCUUCUGCAGAAUGGAAUGUUGUGGCCGUGAAAUUAUCACGAGUCAAUUCCUAUUGAAAAAUAUAGUCUAUUUUUUAUAUGUCAUUGAAAAUUACCCCA